AUGCCGAGCGGCAGCUCCGCGGCCCUGGCCCUGGCGGCGGCCCCGGCCCCCCUGCCGCAGCCUCAGCCGCCGCCCCCGCCUCCCCCCCCGCCGCUGCCGCCGCCGCCCCCCGGGGGUCCGGAGCCCGAGCGGGACGGGCUCCUGCUGCGGGAGCGCUUGGCCGCGCUAGGCCUCGACGACCCCCGCCAGGCGGACACCACCGACCCGUCUCUUCGGGCCGCGGUGGCGGCGGCUCAAGCACAGGCCCGGAGGAUGGUGGGGCUGUCCCCGGAGGAGCGGGCUCAUCCCGGCCGGCCCGGGGCCCCGGAGACGGCGGAGCUGGAGCUGGAGCUAGAUGAGGAGGAGGAGGAGGAAGCCGAGGUGGACGGGGACCUGCUGGAGGAGGAGGAGGAGCUGGAAGAGGAGGACGACGAGGAGGAGGAGGAGGACCAGGACCGGCCGCCGCUGCUGCUGCUCUCGCCGCCCGCCGCCGCCGCCGCCUCCCAGAGCCACCCGAUUCCGGGCGGGUCUUUGGGCUCGGUGCUGCUCCCUGCCCCGGCCUUCGACGCUCGGGAGGCGGCGGCGGCGGCGGCGGCGGCCGGGGUGCUGUAUGGAGGGGACGAUCCCCAGGGCAUGAUGGCGGCGAUGCUGUCCCACGCCUACGGCCCCGGCGGCUGCGGGGGGGCGGCGGCAGCCGCCGCCGCCGCGCUGAACGGGGAGCAGGCGGCUCUUCUCCGGAGAAAGAGCGUCAACACCACUGAGUGCGUCCCGGUGCCCAGCUCCGAGCACGUCGCCGAGAUCGUCGGUCGCCAGGGUUGUAAAAUUAAAGCACUAAGGGCCAAGACAAAUACAUAUAUCAAAACACCUGUUCGUGGCGAAGAACCUAUUUUUGUUGUCACUGGACGGAAAGAAGAUGUAGCCAUGGCCAAAAGGGAAAUUCUCUCAGCUGCUGAGCACUUCUCCAUGAUUCGAGCAUCUCGAAACAAAAAUGGUCCUGCACUGGGGGGGUUGCCAUGCACACCUAACUUGCCGGGUCAGACCACAGUCCAAGUCAGGGUACCUUACCGUGUUGUAGGACUGGUGGUUGGGCCCAAAGGAGCAACAAUUAAAAGGAUUCAACAGCAGACCCACACAUAUAUAGUUACUCCAAGCAGAGAUAAGGAGCCUGUCUUUGAGGUGACAGGUAUGCCCGAAAAUGUAGACCGAGCACGUGAAGAAAUAGAAAUGCAUAUUGCCAUGCGUACUGGAAACUACAUUGAGCUAAAUGAAGAAAAUGAUUUCCAUUACAAUGGUACAGAUGUGAGCUUUGAAGGGGGCACCCUUAGCUCAGCAUGGCUUUCUUCCAAUCCAGUUCCUCCUAGCCGCACCAGAAUGAUAUCCAAUUAUCGAAAUGAUAGUUCAAGUUCUUUGGGAAGUGGUUCUACCGAUUCUUACUUUGGAAGCAAUAGGUUGGCUGACUUCAGUCCAACAAGCCCAUUCAGCACAGGAAACUUUUGGUUUGGAGAAACACUACCAUCUGUGGGCUCAGAAGAUCUUGCAGUUGAUUCUCCUGCCUUUGACUCUUUACCAACAUCCUCCCAAACUAUCUGGACUCCUUUUGAACCAGUAAACCCACUCUCUGGUUUUGGUGGUGACCCUUCUGGUAACAUGAAGACUCAGCGUAGAGGAAGUCAGCCAUCAACUCCUCGACUCUCUCCCACAUUUCCUGAAGGCAUAGAACAUCCACUUGCUCGUAGGGUUAGGAGUGACCCGCCUAGUACAGGCAACCAUGUUGGCCUUCCAAUAUAUAUCCCUGCUUUUUCUAAUGGUACCAACAGUUACUCCUCUUCCAAUGGUGGUUCCACGUCUAGUUCACCUCCAGAAUCAAGACGAAAGCACGACUGUGUGAUUUGCUUUGAGAAUGAAGUUAUUGCUGCCCUAGUUCCAUGUGGCCACAACCUCUUCUGCAUGGAAUGUGCCAAUAAGAUCUGUGAAAAGAGAACGCCAUCAUGUCCAGUUUGCCAGACAGCUGUUACUCAGGCAAUCCAAAUUCACUCUUAAAUAUAUAUAUAUACAUAAUAUUAUAUCUCUAUAUGGACUCUUAAAAGCAUGGGUAUAAUGGUACCCCCAGUAAACUUCCUAAUGAAUUCUUAUGACUGUUAUCAGGCUUUAUUGGGAUUAGGCUAAAGUUGUUAGUAAACUUGUAUUUUCUAAAAGGCUGCUAUGGUAACACUAAACCUAGGUGGUCUCUGUCUACUAGUUUGGUUUUAAAUACUGUUCUAAUAAACAGAGACGUAGCUCACAUAAGAUUGAUUAAAAGUUGAGUACAGCUCAGCUUUCAUAACAGAGAUGAUAGGCUUUAUAGGCCUAUGAGAGAAGUUGUGACUUUCAAUAUUUGAAGGCGUUAAGUCCCGUAGCCUAACCAUAUUAAACGUUUAUGGAGGGUACUUGGCAUUAUUGAUCUAUCAGACACUUCCAGUGCUGCCUUCUUUACACUGCCAGUUUUGAAAAACAGGUUUUUUAUUUUACAACAACUUAUGCCUAAUUCUGCAGGAUUGCAAGUAACUUUUUAAUGCAUAGUUUUGACUUACUGAAAUGGAUAGGGCUGGUGGCAGUUGAAUAGAUCACUGUUAAUAAUUUGGGAAGAAAACUGCUGCAUUGACCUUCAUCUCGCCCAGAGUUCUUGUGGAUGGUGUGAUCAGAGGAUCAGGAAUGGAUGUGUCUCAAUUGUGAAUUCCUACCCAUUGUUUCUCUUAAUGUAAUGUGGAAAAAUCUGCUUGGGUUUUUCUCAUUUCACUAAGAGCUUUGGGGUGCACAUAUUUUGGCUAAUAGUGAGGAUGCUAACAUUCCAUUCAUUAGUCCAAUCAAGCUAUUAUUAAUUUUAGAGAAUAUAUAGAUCUAAAUGUGAAACAUUUUUAUGUUCAAUCCAUAUUUGUCUUGCACAUUAUAAAUAUAUUUUAUUUUUAGUAAUCGAAAGGGGGAGGGGAGUGGGAGGGAUAACAAUGCCCUAAGCAUAACACACAAAAAGCAGCUGUGACAAUAACCUGCAAUCAGUUUACUUCAUUUCAAAACUAUUUCCAAUCAUAAGGAAAGAUUUAUUUUAAAUGAGCUUUUACAUUUCAACCUGUGGAUGUCUUUAACUUCAUCAUCCUCAGUACGACCCCAAAUCUGUGUUGGCAUCAAAAAGGACAAAACGGUAUCCCAACGGAUUUUUCUACUAAUUAUUUUUGAAGCAUUAUUUUCCCAAGGCGCAAAAGAGCUUUUUUUCUCAGUAUAACAAAAAAAAAAUUAAAUCCUAUGUGUAUUGAACUAGUAAAUAAAACAAAUUUUAUUUUUUAUUUCCACUUGAAGAGUUACAUUUCGUAUAAAAGUUUACAAAUAACGGUUUUUAUUUUGAUUUUUUCAGUAUAAAAGUUGCCUUGAUGGCAUAUUAUGAUGUAAUGCAUACCUUUAAUGCUAAUUGCUUGUAGGAUAGUUAAAUGUCAGUAUUGAAGCCUAAUCUUUAGCUGCCGUCUUGUAGAUACGAACGAAUGUUCACCAAGCAUGUAUUUUGUAUUUUAUUGCAUCGUACACUGCAACUAAUAAGCCAAGGAAUCGACAUAUAUUAGGUGCGUGUACCAUUUCUAUAAACUACAAACUAAGAAUGAUAAAACUAUCAAUAUAGUUUAGUAUUUGCUAAUUUUACUACACUUUUUUGUUAUGUAUAUGUAGGGAGGUCAUAGGGAUUAUAAAUUCAAUUUGAGUAAAGUUUAAAAACCAUAUAUUUUAUGAUAAAGGGCCUUUAACUGAAGAUGGCCAAAGCACUGAUAUUAUAUAUUUGCUGUAAAGAGAAUUAUAAGAGUUUUAUUUUUCUGAUAUUAAAAGUUACUUAAUAAAGACUUGUUUCCAUUAA